AGGAAGGGGCAACAAAGAAGCUGAACUCUCUUUGCAGCAGGUGGUCGUUCUGCUGAAACAGCACUCUUUCUUUACGAGGCGUCCAAUUUUGUUUGAAGUUAGUAAUAAACAGAUGCUUGAAAUGCGCUGUACUAACGAGUUUCCCCACAUUUGAAGAGAAAAUGCAGAAUGGGUGGAGUUUCAGCCCUCUGGCCUGGGAAAGUCAUCCAAUCAGAGGGCCUCAAGACUUUCCUCAGCACUUCAUAUGGAUGUGAUGUAAAGCUGGGGACAAGAUCAGAACCAUGAUGAUGUGGGAACAGAUGUCAGUGAUGUUUUCCCUGGCUUUCUUGUUAAGAGCACUGUGCUGUCUGCUGUUGAUGCCAGGUUUCCUAGGAGCAACAUCUCUGCUUAAAAUAAAAAGGCCUGAUGAAAAUCCUGUCAGGAUUGGUUCUGCUGAAGCAAAUGAUUUCUUGACCAACCCUCGAUCCAAGAGGAACGUUGAUCCAAAAUGGUACCGACGUGACCCUGACUUUCAGUCCUACUACCGCCUCUACAACAGCAUAGGACACAUUGAGGGUCUUUAUGAGAUUGAUCGGAUCAGGAUGUUGUAUCAGCAGAUGCGUCACCUGGAGCUGACCAAUGGCCCAGACGCCUCCCACUACCAAAACAGAAUUGGUGUACUAACCAGCACUGAAGAACCACCUACAACAACUCAUCCCCCUGCACCUCCCACCACCCCGACUCCCACACCAGACCAACUUGAGGAGAUCUAUCUGUGCAACCCUAAGGACCCUCUGUGCAAACCUCAUGUUGUCUACCUGCCAACGGGAGCUGUCCCCAUACUGUGUGACCCCAGACUCAACCCCGUCUGCAGGGCUCAGAAAGAAAAGAGGAUUAAAGCUACUGUUGCACCAAUGCCAGCUCCCCCUGCUCCUGGAAAGGUUUACCCACCUACCCCUCCACCAGUCACCAUGAGAGAGAUGGAGAAUGAGUGUGACCCGUACUGGGAUCCAGACUGUCUCAUCGACCAGCCUCCCGGUCCUGUACAGGAAGCUUCAGCACCAUUAGAAGACAACCUUGAACCAGAUAAAGACACAACAGACGAAGGGACAGUCCAAUUUAUUACAAAUGUAGAUAAAAAGAAUAUCCCUUCUACUUAUUUUGACCCUUAUGAUUUCAAACGUGACCUUUACGACCCAUUUCGAUAUGCUGAGACAGCUCCCACUCCACAGUAA